CCACAGUCCAGCUUACAAGGAAAUCGAGCCAGCCCUAUAGACACCACUUUCAGGUUGUUACUGUUGACUGACUGUUGAGACAGAGAUAGAUUUGACAGAUACAUUCUGAUAUGAUAAAUCACUCUGCAUCUGCAUCUGCAUCUACUUUUACAUGAAACCAUGGCCUCCAGGAUGAAUCUUGCAAAAACACAUGACACUAAGACAAAGACAGUCAAGAGCCUGUCUGAGAAUGAAUCUUCUGAACCCAGCUGUGUGUCCAUGAAGAGUGACCGCUCAAUGGAUCCUCCAGUUGUAUUCAGUUUGAGAAAUACGUCUGCUGAUUUGAGCCUGCGUAAGAAUGAAUCUCCUGAACCCAGCUGUGUGUCCAUGAAGAGUGACCGCUCAAUGGAUCCUCCCGUUGUAUUCAGUUUGGGAGAUACGUCUGCUGAUUUGAGUCAAAAACAGGAGGGAUCAGAAUCAUACAUGGUAAAGAAGAACUUGGACUCCAUUUUCAAGGAGCUUGAACAGAAAAUCAUCUCUGUGAUGAAGAGUGAGUUAAAAAGUUUUAAGAGACUACUGUAUCCAGAUUACCCAGAAUGCUCUGAAAGAGACCAUUAUGAUAAUGAAGGCCAUAGCAGAAUCAGAGAGGGGCUUUUUAAGAUCACACUGCACUUCCUGAGGAAGAUGAACCAGAAAGACCUCGCUAACAAACUACAGACCAAACUGAUGCCUGUGUAUCAACAAAAACUCAAAUCCAGACUACAGGAUAAAUACCAGAGAAUCAAUGAAGGAAUGUCCAGUCAUGGAGACUCUGCACGUUUGAAUGAGAUCUACACAGAGCUCUACAUCACAGAGGGAGGGAGUGGAGAGGUUAAUAAUGAACAUGAGGUGAGACAGAUUGAGACAGUGUCCAGGAGACCAGAGACACAGGAAACACCAGUCAACUGCAAUGACAUUUUUAAACCCACACCUGGACAAGACAAACCCAUCAGAACUGUGCUGACUAAAGGAGUUGCUGGAAUUGGAAAAACAGUCUCUGUGCAGAAGUUCAUUCUGGACUGGGCUGAAGGAAAAGCAAAUCAGGAUGUUCAUUUCAUAUUUCCACUUCCUUUCAGGGAACUGAAUUUGAUACAGAAAAAUCUCAGUCUUGUGCAAUUACUAAACCACCUUUACUCAGAAACCAAAGAAUUCAAAUCAAGUGAUUAUGAUGACUACAAAGUCAUGCUUAUAUUUGAUGGUCUAGAUGAAUGUCGACUACGUCUAAAUUUCCAAAACAAUCCGAGCUUGUCUGAUGUAACAGAAUCAGUCUCGGUGGAUGUGCUGCUGACCAACCUCAUCAAGGGAAAUCUACUUCCUUCUGCUCUCCUCUGGAUCACCUCUCGACCAGCAGCAGCCAAUCAGAUUCCUCCUGACUGUGUUGACCAGGUCACAGAAGUACGAGGAUUCAACGACCCUCAGAAGGAUGAAUAUUUCAGGAAGAGAAUAAAUAAUCAGAAUCUGGCUGAGAGAAUCGUCACACACAUCCGAUCAUCAAGAAGUCUGCACAUCAUGUGUCACAUACCAGUCUUCUGCUGGAUUUCAGCCACUGUUCUAGAGAGGAUGAUGAGUAAAGCAGAGAGAUCAGAAAUUCCCAAGACUCUCACACAAAUGUUCACACAUUUCCUGAUCUUUCAGACCAAACUGAAGACUCAGAAGUAUGAUGGUAAAUAUGAAAUUGAUCCAGAUCAUGCUAAAAAGACUAUUCUGUCUCUAGGAAAACUAGCUUUUGAACAGCUGGAAAAAGGGAACCUGAUCUUCUAUGAGGAGGAUCUGAAAGAAUGCGGCAUUGAUGUCAGAGAAGUGUCAAUUUACUCAGGAGUUUGUACCCAGAUCUUCAGAGAGGAGUUUGGACUGCAGCUAGGGAAGGUGUACAGCUUUGUUCAUCUGAGUAUUCAGGAGUUUCUUGCUGCUUUGUUCAAGCUACUGUCCGUUUCUGAACAAAACACAGGACUAAAGAACAUGUUCAAGUCACGUGGAUCAGAUCUUAUGUUCAUAACCAAUUUACUGAAGGAAGAAGUGGACAAGGCCUUACAGAGUGAGAACGGACACUGGGACCUUUUCCUCCGGUUCCUUCUAGGUCUCUCACUAGAGUCUAAUCAGACUCUCUUACAAGGCCUCCUGAGAAAGACAGUAAGCAGCUCUCAGAGCAAUCUGGAAACAGCUACAUAUAUUAAACAGAAGAUCAGGGAGAAUCCCUCUCCAGAGAAAUCCAUCAACCUGUUCCACUGUCUGAAUGAACUAAAUGAUCGUUCAUUGGAGCAGGAAGUCCAAACAUACUUGAGCAGAACAGGUGCCAGUCGUCUCUCUGGGGUCAAACUGUCUCCUGCUCAGUGGUCGGCUCUGGUGUUUGUGCUGUUGAACUCAGAAGAACAGCUGGAUGAGUUUAUUCUGAGUAAAUAUGAUCCAUCAGAAGAAUGUCUUUUGAUGCUGCUGCCGGUGAUCAAAGCAUCUAGAAAGGCUGAUCUUUCCAAUUGUCAUAUCACACAGGAAGGCUGUGCUGCUCUGAUUUCAGCUCUGAUAUCAAACCCCUCACACCUGAAAGAACUCAAUCUGAGCUAUAAUAAACCAGGAGACUCAGGAGUGAAGCUGCUCUCUGCUUUACUGGAGGAUCCACACUGCAAACUGGAGAAACUACAGCUGUGGGACUGCAGUAUUGGAGAGAAAGGUUGUGCUGCUCUGAUUUCAGCUCUGAAAUCAAACCCCUCACACCUGAGAGAACUGAAUCUGAAUGAUAAUAAACCAGGAGACUCAGGAGUGAAGCUGCUCUCUGCUCUACUGGAGGAUCCAAACUGUAAACUGGAGAAAUUACAGCUGUGGAACUGCAGUAUUGGAGAAGAAGGCUGCACUGCUCUGAUUUCAGCUCUGAGAUCAAACCCCUCACACCUGAAAGAACUGAAUCUGAACAAUAAUAAACCAGGAGAAUCAGGAGUUAAGCUACUAUCUACUCUACUGAAGGAUCCACACUGUAAACUGGAGAAACUAGAACUGUGGCGCUGCAGUAUUGGAGAGGGAGGCUGUGCUGCUCUGAUUUCAUCUCUGAGGUCCAACUCCUCGAACCUGAGAGAACUGAAUCUGAAAUAUAAUAAACCAGGAGACUCAGGAGUGAAGCUGGGCUCUGCUCUACUGGAGGAUCCAGACUGUAAACUGAAGAAACUACAUAUUUGACAGUGGAAACUCCACAAGCUCCAAACAAGUGAACCAAAACAACAUUAUCACCUGGACAAAGGAUUUUUGUUAUAAAUUUUUAUUCAGCCAAGAGUUUUUGCUCCAGUCUCAUGGGAACUUUUUUGGCAUACUAAUCACACUGUAAAAAAUUGUGUGUGAAAUUACGUUAUAUUCCAGAGUAAAAGCUGCAUUAACUCCCUGAGGUUGAUGGUCAUGUCGUAUCAGUAUCAGUGUCAGUAUCAGUGCAAAAUACACUAAAAUACUUAUCAUUUUUGAUGAUACAGAUAUAAGCAAUACAUUAUUGUCUAUAGAAAGCUGUCUACUUUUAAAUGAAAUUAGAAAACAUGCUGAAAUCAAAUGUUCUGUAAGUAAGUCAUUAUCUGUAAUGUGUGCUAUUCAUACUAUAAUCAUCCAUGUGAGAACACCCAUAUUACCUCUGUAAACAAAGCAUGAAGAUUCAUCAAAUUCAUCUCAGCUAAUUUUCAUUUCUGGAAAAAGACUCGUUGUGAGAAAUACGAGAGAAUUUACCUAGAAGAAGAAAGUGAUGCGACGCGCGGCUUGACCCAUUGGAGGCUUUCAUUCUGAUGAGUUUAUUGCUUGCAUUCGUUGUUGUAAUUGUUAACAUUGACACAUUUUACUAGUUAGACUUUUCCCAAAAUUCCUGACUACAUGUAUGAAAUCAAAUGAAACAUUUUGAAAUAUGUGUCAUGUCAUUGCAUCUAAAGGUCUCACAAUGUCAUCGUUUUAUAAUGUUCUAUAACAUAACAAUGCAAUAUAAAUGUAAUAUGACUGUUUACACUGCAAUAUUAGUGAUUGUUAAUGUUAUAAUUGCUCCUGAUAUCACAC